AUGGAUGUCAUCGAAAACCGCAUGGACGUGGCUCUGGCCACCGCCGCGGCAUACAUCCUGGCAUUCAUCUGCGCCGAUGCUCCGGACGACGAUACCGCACAUGCCCUCUUCCGCGAUGGCGUGCUGGAGUUUCUCCACCGGGCCGUGCAUGCCCGGGCUCCGGCCACCUCGCCGGCCGGCCGGCCGGCCGUCGCCCCCGGUGGGGCUCUCCCGAUGACCCCUCCCCCGUCCGCCUCCAACAGCCCCCUGUCCAGCCUGCGAGUGCCGCACGUCCGGUCCAUUUGCUCCAUGGCCCUGGCCUCGCUGGCCAAUGCCCACUCGACCCCGGGCGCCCGCAUGGCCGCACGCUACUUCGGAUCGGCCCUCAACAACCUCAACAUCCCUCAAUUGCAAAUCGCCUUCAUCAACUCCCUCGAUGAGGCGCCGCCGGUCCCGGUGGCCGAUCCCCCCCCUGGUGCUGGGACACUCUUCUCGCCACGCACACCGCCCAUGGACUCCAGUUCGCCGGAGGAUCUCGACACCGCGACCUCCCUCUCCAGUCAAGUGGCCAGCCCCGAGACCCAGCCCAUCCUCACGGUGGAUCCCCUCUCCGGGCAGCUGUCCUCGCCUCGGCGGUUUUCCGUCUCUGGCGACACUGGGCCUUUGGCGGACCCGGCGGUCGCGGCCGCGUACUACCGCCUGCCGCAGCAGCUGACCCACGCGGCCAGCCUGCCCGGCGGGCCGCGUUUGCCGGUGUCCAUGCGCCGCCACUUCAUCGAGGACCGCAUUGCCAUCCUCCUGUACAUCGAGGCGCUGGUGCAAAAUGUCGGCGUCCCCAGCCGCGUCAUCGCCAUCGGUUUCCUGCACCUGCUGGUGGCUUAUGUGAUUCGCGAGACGGCCGGCCUGACCCCGGAGGAGCUGGCCCUCUCGGACUCCAUGUCUCACUGGGCUGUCGCCGGUGGCGGAACCAUCCCGACGGCCGGUGCCGGUGCCGGUGCUGGUACUGCCCCGGCCGCUGCGACGGCCGCCGCCGCCGCCGCCGCCGCCGCCGCCGCCGCCGCCGCCGCCGCCGCUGCCACUCCCACACCCGGGGAUGCCCCGACCGCCGGACUCGGGACGGGCCUUGCCACCGCGGCAACCGGCCCCGGUGCUGAGCUGUCGCCCCCGUGCUCCUCGUCGCCCGGCAUGCGCUCUGACGAUGGCCAUGGCGCCAUGUCGCCGGAUGGUCGAAUGUCGGACAUGGGCGGGCUGCCCUCACCGCGCGAGCGCAGUGCCAGCAUGCGUCUGGAUUCUCCGGCGCCCGGGAUAGCACCUGUCAGCGCGGCAUCCGCGACCGGCAUCCCGGAUGGCCGCAAGCGCAGCCAGUCACUCUCCGGGCGUUUCCUGUCGACCGGCAGCCCGGGUGACGGUGGUCCGCCGGUGGCGGGCGCCGCCCCGGCCCCGGCCCCGGUCCCCGGCCCUCCGGAGCACAGCACCGCUGGCUCGCUCCUGGGCCUGGCCCUGGCCGAUCGGCCCCCCGUGCCGCCGAUCUUCCAGCGCCGGGAAUUCCCCCACGCGUAUGUGGACGAUCUGCGCGUCCGGGCCUUGACCUUCGCCAUCCGGGUGCUGGGGCUGCUCCUGCAUGCGGAUUCCACGACCACCAACCUGUCGGAGCUCCGCGGCGAGAUUGCCACCAAUCCAGCCCUCCUGGCCGCGUUGGCCACCUGCGUGGACGGGUCUUACGCCGGAUCGCGGCAGGCCCGGGCCGGGUGUGCCAGUCGGGCUCUCUUUGUUCCCUUGGACUCCCGCCGGGGGGGCUUUUCCGUGGGGCCCAUGGGGGCCAUGGGCGGCCCCCUGCUGUUCGGGUCCUCUGGCCAUGGGCCCGGCAGCCGGGCGGCUGCUCGUGUGGCCGUCUUCUCCCGCGAGCCGCACUACAUUGCCCUCCAUGCUUCGGUGGCCCUGCUGCUGGCGAACCUCUUCCAAACGUCCGCCUGUGUGGAUGCCGUGUGGGCGCGCAAUCCCGGGCUCGUUGCUCGGGCGGUGGCCCUCCUGGACCCGACGUACUUUGCCUAUCGCCCGGAUUUGGAAGCCGUCCUGACCGAGAUCCCGGAUGCGCGUCUGUCGCGCCCCGGGGCCGGGGCUGCCCAGCGGGAUGGCACCGCCCCGGGUGCCGGAGCCGCUGGCACCCGGCCCGGGCCCGGGCCCGGCCCCGGGGCCGGCCAUGCGCAUGUCGCCAUCGCCGGACUGACCGCCGACCUGGCGGCCGACCUUGCUGCCGCCCCUCCCGGGUCCCUCGGGGGCCGACUCCCGGCAGUUUGGCCGGGCGGCACGGACAACUGGCACUGGCGUGCGGUCCCCCGCGCGCGGCCUGGCUUCCAUGCCCUGACGUCGGCUUCGCUGCCGGGGGCCGUGCAUUGCCCGCCGCCGGAGCAAAUUUACGCCAUCCUGGUCCUUUCGAAUAUGGCCACCAGCCCGGCGGUGUUCGCGCGCUUCGUGGCCCCGGAUGCCGAUUUGCUGGACGGCAUUUUGGCCAUCAUUCGCCGGGCGGCCGGGCCGGCUUCUUCUUUGAGCCCUGCCUUUCGCCUGGCCGGCAGCCCGGCCCCGGGCUCCGGGUCGUCAUCCUCCCAUCAGCACCCCCAUCAUCAGCAGCAUCACUCGCAGUUGCACCACAAUGCCUCGAUUGAUUGGUCCCCGAGUCCGCUCAAUUGCUACCGGCACCUGUUGCUGCUGAAUCACUUUAUCCACUUCAACCCCUGUGCCAUGGGGCGGCUGGUGUCCUCCGGCUUCGCCACCGUGCUCAUCCGCCGAUAUCUGCGACUGCAGCCGGCCGGCGGGGCGCGGGCUUCUGCCACCUCAUCGGACCAUGGGCCUGGCGGUGGCAGCGGCAGCGGCGCCGGUGGGCCCGGCCACUCGGCCUCUGGCCUGGCCCAUGGGCCGCCCCCCGGCCGGACCAUCCAGCGAGCCGAUGUCAUUGGCAAUGGUGCCCACCGGCUGGCCUGCCAGCUGUUGUUGCGGAUUUUCCAAGACCCCUCGCUGCUGUGCCUGGCCCUGGGCCACGAGUCGCUGGACAAUGUUGGCCGCGCGCUUAUCCCGGGGUCGCAUCAUCCGCAUCCGCAUCCGCACAUGCACCCGCACUUCCACCACCACCACCACCACCACCACCACCACCACCACCAGUUUGGUCAACAUGCGCGUGGCCCCGGGUCUGGCACUGGCGGCUCCUCGUGGGCCGUGCUCAAUAGUCUGCCCUCCGGCGACCCGCCUGUGCCUGGGGCCCCGGGCUCCUCCGGCCCUGGCGGUCGCCGGUCCAACUCCCACAGUGGGCUUUCCUCCUGGGCUGGCAGCUCCAGCAACUUGUCCUCCCUCGGGCUGGGGAACGGCGGCGGCGGCGGCGGCGGCGGCGGCGGCGGCGGCGGCGGAAGCAACGGUGUCAGUGGCCCCGGUUCGCGGUCGCUCUCGCGCAGCAGCUCCUUCGAAAGUUUACGGCAGGCUGGCCUGCAGCCCGGAGCCGUUGCCUACGCCAUGGCCUAUGUGUCGGGGAUCUUGCAAUUGGGCUUGGCCGGGCCCGACCCGGCGGCUCUCUUUUCCCUGCACAAUUGGCACUUCCUGGAGCGGACGCUCACCUUCCCUCCGGCCAUCAAUCCCCUGCCCUUGCGGGCGCCGGACCUGGAGCUCUUGCAGAAGGCCAGCCUGUGGUGCUGCAUCCGGCGCAUCGAGCCCAUCUGCCCGCGGCUCAUCUCGCCGGCCAUUGCCAAUGCCCUGAAUGGCCCCGGCACGGGGGUCGGCUUGGGCGGCAGCGGGUCCACCACCGGGGGCGGCCCCUCGUCUGGGAGCGGGUCCGGUACCGGCGGCGGCGGCGGCAGCGGCAGUGGGUCUGCCACCGGGUCCGGCGGCCAUGGUCGCACCGGGGGCGGCAAGCUGCCCGCCCUCAAGAUCCAGCAAACCAGCGUCCUGAGCCGGCUGAACAAUCAGGCCGCCGGGAUGGCCGAGCGCGAUUCCGACGGUCGGCACAGCCGAUCGCGCUCGACCGAUUCAAUGCACUCGUCUCCCCUGACCCCCGGUAUGGCUGGGUCUUCGUCUUCCUCGCCCUCGGCCUAUGGCAUGGCCGGGCCCGGAGAGACGGAUGCCACCUUGCGCCCCGGAGCCAAGAGUAAUUCCCUGACCAAUGUCGCCGGGCUGUCGGCCUAUGGCGACACCAUGAUGGGUUCGCCCCUCGGGCCGACACCCUCGCCCUCCUCGGCGCAAGUCCCCCACUCUUCGUCGCCCUCCUCGCCGAAUGAUAUGCAGGUUGAUCCGCGUGCGGCGUCGGGCCCCCCGUCGCCGGUGCCGGGGCCGGUGUCUCCGCCUCCGGGAGCGGCGACCGGCUCGACCCCGGCCCCGGCCCCGGCCCCGGCCCCGGCCCCGGCGCUGCCGGCCGGUGUCGGGGACGGGCUCUACUUCGGCGGGUCCAUUGCCCUGCUGCCAGCGGCCCAGUUCAGUGCCUUCCUGCCGAAUUCCCCCUUCCUGGCGGUGCCAGUGGCCUCGCUCGCCACCUUCCGGUCGGUACUCGGUAGCCGCCGGUGUCCGCACUGCACCGUGUCGCGCAUGGCCCGUGGCGGGGCGGCGGCGCCACCACGAGCGACGCCUCCCCGUGCGGCCGGAAGCUCGGACACCGGCCGGCGGGCUGGGGGCGGCGCACGAGCCGCCGCCGCCGCCGCCGCCGCUGCCCCCCCGAUGGCAGGCGCCGGCUCGGCCGGUCCUCGCGGCCAGGCCGUCGGGCAUUGGCCGAGUGCCGGGCGUGGGCUCCUCCCUGGCAAUUGCGGGUCCGUCCUGCUGAAGCCGUCCCUGGCCUCGGAGGCGUUCCCCUGCGUGCCGGCCUCCUCGCCGGCCGUCGACCAGUCCAUGGCCUCGACCGAGGGGGGGGGCCUGUCCCCGGAGGACCAUCUCUUCCCGGCACCGGUGUCGACCACGCGCGGCGGUCUGGCCGCCGGCCGCACCCCCGGCGCGGCCCCCCCGGUGAUGGCGGCCGCGCCGUUUGCGGGCCCCCCCCCUGCGGCGGCCGCCACGGUGCCGGUCCCGCUGGCCGGCAUCGUCAUGCCCUGCCGGCUGAGCGGCCCGGCCCUGCAUGCGGCCCGGCAGCUGUUUGCCCUGCUGGAGGAGCCGAGCCAGGCGGACCCGGGGUCGAUCGUGUGCCAACGCAUCGUGGCGGUGGCGGCUCUCGACAACGCGGUGCUCACCCUGCGGUCCAUCAUCUACCAUGGGUUCCUGUCCAGCAUGGCCUACCCGGGGCCCGGGCCCGGGGGGUGCGUCGAUCCGAUGGCCACCGCGGCCGGGGUCGCCUCGCUGUCUGUGGCCCCGGAGCAUGGUGUGCCGCCGGGCGCUCCCUCGCCGGCGGCCGGGCUGCCGACCGCCGUGUCGGCCCUGCGCCUGGGGGACUUCUCGCACGGCGCCGGCGCCGGCACCGGGCCCGGGGGUACCUCCUCCGGUGGCUCCAUGCGGCGCGACUCGCAGGAGAUGUCCCAAUCCGAUGACUCGCUGCUCCUGCGCCGGGAUUCGAUCGGGCGCUUCGGCACGCACGGCCUCCUCCCCUCGGCGUCGGACCCCGGCAGCCUGCUUGGUGGUCCUCCCGGCCGCGGGGUGCCUCCCAGUCCGUCGGUGUCCCUGCCGGCCGGGUCGGUGGUUUUGGCGGCGGCGGCCGACCACAGCUCCGGGCCUGGUGGCCGUCCUGGCGGGCCUGGGCCUCCUCCAGCCGGCGACCCCGGUUCGGUGCUGCUGUCUGCCUUCGGGGGUCCUGCCAUUGUGGGAGCCAGCACGGGUGCUUGCACGCCCGCCGGCGGGGCCGGCACUGCCGCUGGCAUUGCCGCCGCCGCCGCCGCCGCCGCCGCGGCUGCCGUGGUUCCUGUGGCCGGUGCCACUGCCACCGGAGCCGGGACCGCUGCCUUGGCUGUACCCUUCUCCCCGACCGGGGCCAUGGUGGCGGCCAGUGGGGCCGGGGCCGGCACCGUGUCAAGCCCGGGCCCCGUGGGCAAUCCCACCCCCUGCCCGUCGAUGUCUUCCCUGAGUGGAGUGACCUCGGCCGCGGCGGCCAACCCCGGGACCGUGGUCCUGGCGGACUUGGCCAGCUUGCAGGCCGCGGCCGCGGCCGCAGUCCUGCCCCUUGGGGGGGUUGUCCUGUCGACGUCGCCGGCGGUGGCGGCUCCCGGCGGCGGCCCGGCCGGUGAUUUGGCCUCGCUGGCUGCGGGCCCGGCGGUGGCCGGCGCCGCGCCGGUGCUGGUCUUCGCUCCGGCGGCCCCAAAUGCCCCCGGCAGUCUGGGCGAGCGUUCGCCCUCGCUGCUGAGCGCCCUGCUGAGUGGCAGCGGGGGCGGCCCCGCCGGCGAGGGCCCCCCCUUCCCUGGGUCGGGAGAUGUGCCCGGGGCCGAGCCCACCGGGGUCGUCUCAUCGGCGGCGGUCCUCGGGGGCGACCCCGGCCUCGGGGGAACCCUGGCCAUGUCGGGCACACCGCCCUCCGGCGGCGGGGCCCGGCCAAUGCACAUGCUCUCCUCGCCCCGGGGUGUGGGCGGCGCAGCCGAGCCGCUCUUCCUGGAGCCGAAGCCCCCGGGCGGCGGGUCCCUGGCCGGGGGGCCUGUCGCCCACUCGCCGACCAGUGGCUCAUUGGUGGCAAUUCCUUCACAUUUCACUGCGACCACCGCUGCCGCCGGCGGCCCGGCUGUCAUGGCCAUCCCCCUGUCCUCGUCGCCAUCAAGUCCCCGGCUGGCGGGUCUCGGGCUCAGUUCCUCGCCCUUCUCUUCGGCGCUCGAGGCCCCGGUGCAGCAGUCGCAGCAGUCGCAGCAGCAACCGCCGCCGCAACAGUCGCAGCAGCGGUCGCAGCAGCAGCAACAGCAGCAGCAGCAGCAGCAACAAAAACAACAGCAGCAGCAGCAGCAGGAGCAAUCCGCCGGCUCAAGUAUGUCAGCCUGCCAGCAGCCGGGAGGACCGGCGCCGCCGGCUGCUGCCGGGGACCAUUCCCAGGCACCGCCAUCGCAGCCGUCGCAGCCAUCUCAGCCUCCGGCCCAAGCACAGGCCCAGCUCCCGGCCCAAGCGCAGGCGCAGGCUCCGGGUUCUGGGCCAUCACAGCACCACCCGCUGAAGAAGCGCCACAAGGCGUCCGGCUACGACAGUGGCACGGAUAGUGGCAGCGACAUUGGCGGGUUCGAGUGCAGUCUCGGCCUGCCGAGUCUCGGCGGCCCACUCGUCGAUGGCCCGGGCGACAUUGGCGGGUUCGAGUGCAGUCUCGGCCUGCCGAGUCUCGGCGGCCCACUCGUCGAUGGCCCGGGGUUCCCCUCCUCGACGGCGGUCUUCAUCACGGCGGCCCCCCUCGGCGGGGGGGCUGCCUCUCUUGGCCUUCUUUCAGCAAGUCCCUCUGCCUUGGGAAGCUCCCCAGCAUCGCACUUCAGCCCGGCGGCCGCUGCGGCAGCGGCCGCCGCAGCCGCGGUGGCCGUGGCAGCCGCAGCUGUGGCCGCCUCCUCGCCCGCGCUGUCAUCAUCAUCAUCAGAUCGGAAGAGCACACCAUCGCACUUCAGCCCGGCGGCCGCUGCGGCAGCGGCCGCCGCAGCCGCGGUGGCCGUGGCAGCCGCAGCUGUGGACGUGUGCUCUUCCGAUCUCCCGGGGUUCCCCUCCUCGACGGCGGUCUUCAUCACGGCGGCCCCCCUCGGCGGGGGGGCUGCCUCUCUUGGCCUUCUUUCAGCAAGUCCCUCUGCCUUGGGAAGCUCCCCAGCAUCGCACUUCAGCCCGGCGGCCGCUGCGGCAGCGGCCGCCGCAGCCGCGGUGGCCGUGGCAGCCGCAGCUGUGGCCGCCUCCUCGCCCGCGCUGUCAUCAUCAUCAUCAUCAUCCUCCACCUCUUCCUCGUCCUCCUCGUCGUCGGUGGACACGGUAAGCAGCUCCUCCUCCUCCUGA